AUGUUGCGUCGGUAUAGCUCAAGGAAUCUCGAAACGAUUCCCAUCCAAUCCAAAGUGCUCACUAUUGGGACAGACAAGUGUGAUAUCAAACUUAACGCAAAGGGAGUGCAUCCCAUUCACGCUUCCAUUGAACAAAAUCCAAAAUCGGGAUCAUUUUGGCUCAGAGAUCACUCCCUUGCUGGACACACCUCCGUCAAUGGACAUACCGUGAAUGGGCAGGUGGAAUUGCACAAUGGAGACCUUGUACGAAUUGGCAAGGCACAACCGUACGUGUUUGAGAAGCGGGUUGUUCUUCCAUUAGUUAGCAGCAACACAUCCAACGAUGACCUGGGUUCAAAUAGCAGCUUAGAAGUUGGGCUCCCGAUCUUAGGCAAACGGAUCUCACCACUGCCACCGCAGCCGAAAAGUCGACGCCCUUUGACAGCAGUAGCGAAGUUCAGACGAAAUGUCAACAACAAUGGUGGAAAUGAGAAAGGUAGCGUACUAAAUGAAGACGUAGGGACAAUCUCCCCUCCAUCGUCUAUGGAGACAUGCUCGGAAUCUUCAGUGCGGUCAGGGAUUAAACGCACCAUUCAUAAUCGAGGUUCUGUCGGAAAUCAUUUACUGCAGCGAGUCAUUAGACUUCAGGAUGAAGUUGCUCGGAAAAAUGCGGAGCAACUUUCAAAAUCACUUCCGCCAGUCGUCAACUCCUACAAUAACAGGAACUUCGAACUUGAGGCCUACCGAGCGUUCUUGGCUGCAGUGGCAACAAAAGUGCGAUCAUUCAAUAACUUGUAA